AAAAGCUUAGAGUAACAUGGAAAAGACCUCCUGUCGACUGUAAAGCUAGAAUUAAAAUUACUUGGUUUGCUGCAUCAAAUUUAGUUAGAAUUGAAAGGGUCCAAGAUACUCCUGAUCAUAGCCACUUGAUGGACGAAAGUGAUAUGCGAAAACGGUCAAAGCUUAUAAAAGACUUAGUGAGCAACGAGGCAAUCAAAGAUUACAACCCUCUAGCAAUCACAAAUGUU